AGAUGAGAAAGAAUAUCUUUACCUCAGUCUUGUUGUAAGGUGUAAAUAGCCUCAAUUCAAUACAUUUAAUAACUGGAAACACUAACGUCUAUAAACAUGACAAUCGCGUAUAGAACCUUAUCGAAGCUUGUUGUACCUGCUCUCGGUAAUUUAUUUUGUGUAGCACGAGUAAAUCUAAGUACCAUAAAAAUGGCUAGCAAUAACCCAGAUUACAAAAGUGCUACAAGUAUCCACGAAUUUACGGUAAAGAAUAUAAAAGGCGAAGAAGUCAAAUUAGAUUCUUAUAAAGGGCAUGUAUGCAUCAUUGUGAAUGUCGCAUCCCAAUGUGGACUGACGGCAAAUAAUUACAAGCAGCUCAAUGAGUUGUACGACCAGUAUGCUGAGAGCAAAGGUCUUCGUAUUUUGGCGUUUCCCUGCAACCAAUUUGCUGGCCAAGAGCCUGGGAACUCUGAAGACAUUGUCUGUUUCAUGAACGAACGCAAAGUAAACUUUGACAUGUUCGAAAAGAUAGAUGUGAAUGGCGAUUCUGCGCACCCAUUAUGGAAAUUUCUGAAGCACAAGCAGGGUGGUACUUUGGGCAAUUUUAUCAAGUGGAAUUUCACUAAAUUCAUUGUCGACAAAAAUGGUGUACCGGUCGAAAGACAUGGCCCGAACACCGACCCUAUAAACUUGGUGAAGUCUCUUGAGAAUUACUGGUAAAUGACAGUACAAAUGAUCAUAGAUAACAUCACGUUUUUUUUAAAAAUAGACUGCAAGAUAAAAUCAGCUUUUUUAAAUGUUAGCUUCUAGAAUUGUUGUGAUUCGUUAAAAUUAAUAGGAAUAUUUAUCAUUAUAUAAAUGGGCAUUUAAUUAUCAUUUUAAAUGGUGGUUUGUUACACUUUGCACUUAUUUUGUUAUAAGCUUGUUGUGUGUAAAUAUAUAUUUACAUAAAAA